GGGGCAUUAACAACGACGUCACCGUUCAAUACCUUCCUCUACCAAUCUACACGAUGGAAGGUCUACCUAUCGACAUGUCGCAUCCGGCAGUGCGAGAAUAUCUCUCUCUAGUGAGACUCCAAGUUCUAACGCCACUCUCACUGUUGAUCAACGUCGCAACUGUAAUAGUGUGCUCAGUCGUCGUUCAUCCUUCUGCAGGCGAAAUAUCCAAGUUGUAUCCUACAGUCAUCUCUCCAAGACCGUCCGUGAUUGCGGCAUAUGUCAUCGCAAUAUAUGUAGCUCAGAUUGGCUAUUGCAUACUUCUUGUACUCGUGGGGAAACCGGAGACGAAAAAGACUCUGAUAAAGGGCUCCGGAUUCUCGCUUGUCUUGUCAAAUUGGGUCAUGGCACUGUGGGCCAUAACAUGGACAGUGCAAUGGUUUCUGCUGUCCACUAUUCUUCAGGGCAUCCUCCUGCUUCUGUUGCUAUAUUCCAAUGUCGUUCUUCUAAUCUACCAUCUGCCCACUGCUAAACGCCCAUUUGACACGAUGCUCAUUCAUGCGCCGAUGCGAUUCUUUCUUGUUCUUCAAAUUGGGCUGAUGUUUCCUCUUAGUCUUUUCGUGACGCUCGGGCUUGUACAAACUCCGACUACGCCAGGACCCCCGAUAGACCCCAACGCGUACCAGUGGGCCGGGUUUGGUGUGGUUCUUGGGACAAAUAUUCUCGGCCUUUUGGUCGUCGUGCUCCGCCGCGACAUAGUCUGGUGUGUAGCAGCCACAUGGAUAUGCAUUAGUAUCUGGUCUUUACGACCUAAACCGGCGCCUGUUUAUAUAACUGCCAUCUUGUUUACGGCAUUUCAUCCCCUCGGACUCUUAGCUUCUAUGAUCUAUUCUCAGGUCUACAGGCCUUCCCGCAUUUCACUGCCGGGCGAUGAACAUCCCGGGCUACAUCCCAACAGGAGAGGCUGCAGUAGCGGCAAUCAAAAUCACCGAGAAGAUCGAGCAGCACGAGAAGUUGACGAGGAGGCGGUUUGGGGCUAGAUUAUCUAUUUCAACGAUUGGUCUACAAUAUGGUCCGUAUAUAUUCGUUUUCGGUGGGUGCAAUCUAACUACCGGUUCAUGUUACAA